AUGGUGUCGGAGGGAUUCUUUGCCAAUUUCUACGAUGAUGAUACGGGUAUCCGUACAAUAGGAUACGGACACAACUGCAAUGCCCAGGACUGCUCCAAUCUUCGCCCACCAAUAAGCCAGACUCAGGCCAUUAACCUAUUGCUCCAGGAUUUAGUGCAAUUUCAAACCUGUGUCCAUGAUCAAGUUCCAUUUGUCAACGAUAACCAAUUUGCCGCUUUGGUAUCGUUCGCAUUCAACGUGGGCUGCGGUAACCUCGAGUCGUCUACCCUAUUGAAGUACGUGAAAGCCAGGGAGUACUCGGCGGCCGCCACUGAGUUUGGCAAAUGGGUUCGCGCGGACGAACGCGUAGUGCCCGCACUCGUCACACGUCGAGCCCGCGAGAGGGCGCUCUUUCUUAGGGGUUUUGCCGAUAGUCUACUGAUAAUUCAUUCAUCAGUGAUGACUGCUUUAUCCGAUUUGUUGUCUGUACUUUUGCUGAUCGUGGCGUUGGUCAGCGGCCGCAACAUUAACAAGGCUGGCGUUGCUUUGAUUGAGUUGUCCGAGGGGUUCAGGGCUAAUUUCUAUGGCGACCCAGUGGGAAUCCGUACGAUAGGGUACGGACACAACUGCAAAGCCCAGGGCUGCUCCAGCAUUCACGCGCCAAUCUCCAAGUCACAGGGUGAGGCACUAUUACAUAAGGACCUAGUACAGUUUCAAAACUGUGUACAGAGCCGCGUGCCAUUUGUGACCGAUAACCAAUUUGCUGCCUUAGUAUCGUUCACAUUCAACUUGGGCUGCGGUAACCUCCAGUCGUCUACCCUAUUGAAGUACGUGAAGGCUAAGAACUAUUCGGCCGCCGCUAAAGAGUUUGCCAAAUGGGUGUACGCGGGCGGACACAAGUUGCCCGGUUUGGUCACCCGUCGGGCCCGCGAGAGAGCGCUCUUCCUUAAAAAGUAAAAACUUACACAAAAUGUAUAGAUAUUCAUAAAUGUCAAAAUGUAAUAAUAAAUAAUUUAAUAAAUUAUUUUUAA